AUGGAGGAGGUGUGCCGCGUCAAUCUGAUGCACCAUGGUGGGUCAGGCACCACAUGUGUUGCCUGGUCUGCCGACAACCUCAUCGCCUACUCGGCCGCUGACGCCGACCUCCAGGCGCACGACCCCGCGACGCCGACGCCGAGCGGUUCGACGCGGCAGAAGCUGUACAUUGCGAGCGCCAACGUGCCCGAGGAGCACGCGACGGUCGUGACGCCGCACAAGUGGGCCAUCCGGUUCCUCGAGUGGGCGCCCGCCACGCUCGGCGGCCCGCUCCUGCUCUCGGCCGACCACGAGAAGAUCUGCAUCUGGGAGAUGAAGGACAACGUCACCGAGUGGGGCGAGGACGAGCCGGCGAGCCGCGCCAAGAAGCCCAUCAAGAUACUCGACUUCGAGGGCACCGUGGGCCUCAAGUGGCUCAAUGCCGACCCCAAGUACACUCUCCACACGCCGAGCGCCAACGCACCACCGACAUCGUUGGCUGUGCCGCCUCGGAACCUCGAUGAGAAAUUCCUGGCUGAACGCAGCUCCAUCACUCGCAGUUCGUCGCAGGUGCCUCUCGACCGAGCCCUGGCGCCCGCCGGCGUUCCCUGCUUCCUUCAUGUCUCUGCCUCAGGCGCAGUGCACGUGUUCUACAAGAAGAUGUUUGAUGAGCGCUGGGGCGUGGUCAACCUGCCGGGUCGCCUCCACGCGGCGGAUUUCACGAUCGCACACGUCGACAUCAGCCGUAACGCCGCCGGGACGGUGGUGAUCGCGGCAGCGGGCACCUUUAGCCACAUCGGGCCGGCCAUCUGCCUCUUCGAGCUGGGCAUCGACCUCACCAAGGGCUCGUGCACGUCACGGUUGAUCUCGUCGAUCCCGCUCAAUCCGCUCCUGCGACCGGAUGGCGCGGUGUCUCGCCCGUCGGUGCUCACCCACCUGGCCUUCGAUCCGGCCUCCCACGGCAAGGCCCUACUCACCGUCUCCUCCGACAUGGCCAAAGGCUCCAAGUCGGUGAUGACGCGGUGGGAGUACAAAACGUCGGCCGCGCCGCUCAGCUCGGCGUGGGCCGAAAUCUCUGCGUCUCUGGCUUCGUCCACCUCCGCCUCCACCUCGUCUCCCUCCUCUUCUCCCGCGGUGCAGAUCGCCACCCCGCCUCCGGCCACGCCCACGUCGUCGACCAUCUCGACUAAUACCCUCCCUACCUACACCGGGUGGCAGUUCACGGAGGUGGUGGCCGACGCCGCGGGUGGCGAGGUGGAGAGCGACGAUGAGCCGUCGGGUUCGUUCGUGACGGCCCUCCACCACGCCUCCGGCCUCGUCUUCGUGGGCUACCUCAACGGCCUCCUCGAAAUACGGGACAGUGCUACGCUGCAGGUGCUACAUUCCAUGCCUCAGACGAGCACACUCGACUCUGUUUCCUCUCCCUCGCCUCGAAAGCGCACGAAGCUGGUUCAUGAGACAGCGGCGGGCCAGGAGAAGGUGAGGAGCGGGGAGGAGCUGCUCAAGCACGCGGCGCGCGCCCUUUCCAAGUCGCUCGACCACCACCCACUGGUGCGUACCUCGAGCCGGGAGAACGCUGCUGCGAUGGACCUCGAGGCCAAGAAGAACAGCGAGUCCGCCGCCACCGCCGGCCACCCGGAGAUCCCCAUGGCCUUCUGCCUCUCGCCCAACAGCACAUGCGUGGCCAUGGUCAACUCUGCCGGCGCCCUGGGCAUCUACCACCUGGGUCCCCUGCCGCUCCACCACCUCGAGCGAGACCAAGAAGGUGCGUCCUACGUUCUAGACUCCCGAUCUUUCCUCCAAUGA